UCCUUCACAUUGCUCUCUUCCGCGUCAACAUGGCGGCAUCCAUCGUAUCCCAGAUUGUAGCGAGAGGACUACGUGGAGCAAGCGCCAAGCACUUGUUUCUUGACAAAUUCAAGUGUGCACGGGUGAGUUCCAGGCGAUGGCUGAACCUGCAGGAGUAUCAGAGCAAGAAGCUGAUGCAGGAGAGUGGGGUUACAGUCCAGCGCUUCUACGUGGCUGACAAUGCCCCUGACGCCCUGCAGGCUGCCAAGAGACUCGGUGCCAAGGAGAUAGUCCUGAAGGCCCAGAUUCUGGCUGGGGGACGAGGCAAGGGCGUGUUCGACAGUGGCCUUAAAGGUGGAGUGCACUUAACUAAAGACCCCUCGGUGGUGGGUGAGCUGGCCAAUAAGAUGCUAGGUUAUAGCCUGACCACCAAGCAGACUCCAAAGGAGGGAGUGAAAGUAAAAACGGUGAUGGUGGCUGAAGCCCUGGACAUCACCAGGGAAACCUACUUUGCCAUCCUGAUGGACCGGGCCUGCAACGGGCCUGUCAUGGUGGGCAGUCCUCAGGGUGGGAUGGACAUAGAGGAGGUGGCCGACAAAACCCCAGAGCUCAUAUUUAAGGAAGUCGUAGAUAUUUUCGAGGGGGUGCGAGACGACCAGGCGCUCCGCAUGGCAGCUCAUUUGGGUUUCAAAGGACCUCUGGAGAGACAGGCUGCAGAUCAGAUUAAGAGGCUCUAUGAUCUGUUCCUGAAAGUCGACGCCACUCAAGUUGAAGUCAAUCCUCUCGGAGAGACUCCCGAAGGACAAGUGGUGUGCUUUGAUGCCAAGAUCAAUUUUGACGAUAACGCAGAGUUCCGUCAGAAAGCCGUCUUUGCCCUGGACGACAUGUCAGAGAGCGAUCCCACCGAGACGGAGGCAGCCAAAUGGGACCUCAAGUACAUCGGCUUGGAUGGAAACAUCGCCUGCUUUGUGAAUGGGGCUGGUCUGGCUAUGGCCACAUGUGAUAUCAUCGACCUCCAUGGAGGGAAGCCGGCCAACUUCCUGGACCUGGGAGGAGGGGUGAAGGAGAAGCAGGUGUACGAGGCCUUCAAACUGCUCACUGCUGACCCCAAGGUGGAAGCCAUCCUGGUGAACAUCUUCGGGGGCAUCGUCAACUGUGCCAUCAUUGCCAACGGUAUCACCAAGGCUUGCCGUGAGCUGGAGCUCAAAGUGCCUCUGGUUGUCAGGCUGGAAGGGACCAAUGUGCAGGAGGCCAAGAGGAUCCUGUCAGAGAGUGGACUGCCCAUCAUAGCCGCCAAUGACCUGGAUGACGCUGCCAAGAAAGCUGUGGCCGCCAUUGCCAAGAAGUAGUGGCCCUCAAGCCUUCCAUAAUGCUGACCAGCCCUUUCGUUCUGAGCGCCCUGUUCCCCCUCCUCAGUCCACCCAAACCACAGGGCAUGUACACCAACCCGUCAGCCCUAUCGAACCUUUCACCUUCCUGUCUUAUCAUGAAUAACUGCAAUAUUUAUGUUGGUGCUCCAUUAGGAAAUGACUUGGCAUCCUGACUCUUUAAUUGUGCAUUCCAUUUUGAUAGGCUGAGAAACGUAACUGUGUUUCUCUAGCUAUAUGAUUACCUUUUCAUAGAAUCAAGCAUACAAUGGUAUUAUUGUUUUAUCAAACCAUAUAACACAAAAUGAUAGACAUUGACUUAAUAAACUAAAUGGCAGGUUCCAGACUGCAUUUUCCUAUGCCAUUACCAUCACUGUGAAAUCAUUAGAAAAC